AUCUGCAAACCCUCUUGCACGAUUUAAAACCUUCCCAUUCUCCACAAAGUGCAACCAUUAUGGCAUCCGUAGCAUCAGUUUCCAUGGAAAUCGCCUCGACUUUUGUGGGAUUAGCCAAAAGCCGCUCGUAUCCAAUUUCAUAUGUGAAAACCACACAUUUUUUCAGCAGAAACAAGCAGUGUUUCAUUGGUCAGAACCGCAAGUUCUUGGCUUGCACCAGUUCCGACAAAUCAAGAAUCGUACGUUCAUCGAAGCAGCUGAAUAGGCGCUUUUGCCGCAGACUCUCCGCCGCAGAAACUGAUGAUUCUGGUGUUGUCACCAAAAUCCCUCCUGAUAAUAGAAUCCCUGCUACCAUUAUUACUGGCUUCUUGGGUUCUGGGAAGACAACCUUGUUAAACCACAUAUUGACUGCUGAGCAUGGAAAACGCAUUGCAGUCAUCGAAAAUGAGUUUGGCGAAGUUGAUAUUGAUGGCUCCCUAGUUGCUGCCAAAGCUGCUGGAGCAGAGGACAUUAUGAUGCUCAAUAAUGGAUGUCUAUGUUGUACCGUGAGGGGGGAUCUUGUAAGGAUGAUUUCAGAACUUGUUAGUAAGAAGAAAGGGAAAUUUGAUCACAUUGUUAUUGAGACAACAGGAUUAGCAAAUCCAGCACCAAUUAUUCAGACGUUUUAUGCUGAGGAUCAACUAUUUAAUGAUGUUAAACUUGAUGGAGUGGUCACACUUGUUGAUGCUAAGCAUGCUGGUAUUCAUCUUGAUGAAGUUAAGGCAGAAGGUGUUGUCAAUGAGGCAAUAGAGCAAAUCGCAUAUGCUGAUCGCAUCAUAGUAAACAAGACUGACCUUGUUGGCGAACCUGCAGUUGCUUCUCUGUUUGAAAGGAUAAGGGGCAUAAAUCGUAUGGCUCAACUCAAGAAAACACAAUAUGGACAAGUUGAUUUGGAUUAUGUUCUUGGAAUUGGAGGUUUCGAUUUGGAAAGAAUUGAUAGUGCUGUUGAUGUGGACCACUCAAAGGAAGCUCAUGAUGGUCAUAGCCAUGAGGAUGGGCACGAGCAUGAUCACAAUCACGAUCACCAUCAUCAUGGUCACGAACAUGGCCAUAAUCAUGACCAUGAACACCAUGACCAUCACCACGAUCAUACCCACGACCCUGGUGUUUCUUCUGUUAGCAUAGUUUGUGAAGGGACGUUGGAUCUUGAAAAGGCCAACAUGUGGCUAGGUAACCUGUUGUUAGACAGAAGCGAGGACAUAUAUCGAAUGAAGGGUCUUCUGUCUGUGGAUGGCAUGGACGAGCGAUUUGUGUUUCAGGGUGUCCACGACAUAUUCCAAGGCUCACCGGAUAGGUUAUGGGGCGCAGAUGAAGCGAGGGUAAAUAAGCUCGUAUUUAUAGGGAAGAACCUGGACAGGGAGGAACUGGAGCAAGGCUUUAAGGCCUGUCUAUUGCAGUAAGGAACUAGUAACUACUAUGAUUUUGAGGAAUCUAUUUCAAUAUUAAGCAGCUGUUUUUGUCAUCGACUAUUAACAUAGUAGUAACGUUAACAUACCUCAACUUAUCAUGAUUAAUUAUUUGUGUUGCUAUAUACUUACAUCCUUGUGUUCAA